GCCGAUAACUAGGCCAUAUUUUUGGCAAAAUUGCACCGGCUAAAAAGAUGUGCGUUAAAUCUUUUGAAAGUUAGCCGUCGUCAGCCAACAAGUGCCGUCGUGUGCAUCUGUAUACCUACAACAUGACUCUCAGGGAUUGGGGAUAUCGACUGCUGCCGGGCCUUAAGUGGCUGCAAGGAUACACUGGCCAGGAUGCAGUGGCGGAUCUGAUAGCUGGCAUCACUGUGGGUCUCACGGUGCUGCCCCAGGGUCUGGCCUAUGCUACGUUGGCCGGCUUGGAGCCCCAGUACGGCCUGUACUCGGCUUUUGUGGGCGGAAUCGUGUACGCCAUGCUUGGCAGCUGCCGGCAGGUAACCAUCGGACCCACAGCCUUACUCGCUUUAAUGACCAGCCGGCACACGGGCUUCGGUCUGGGAUCGGGUCCAGCGUAUGCGAUAUUACUGUGCCUUAUAUCGGGAAUUGUGGAACUUGGAAUGGCGGUGCUGAAGCUGGGAGCCCUGGUGGACCUCAUCUCACUGCCAGUGACGGUGGGUUUCACUUCAGCCACCGCAGUCAUCAUUGGCACCUCCCAGCUGAAGGGUCUUCUGGGGCUAAAGGGUGGCUCCGGCUCGGACUUCAUCCACACCAUGCGCUCCGUGUUCGGAAAUCUUCAUCAAGUGCGCCGUGGUGAUUUUACCCUGGGAUUGGUCUCCAUCACAGUGUUACUGUUACUGCGGAAACUCAAAGAUGUGAAGCUGGAUGGCCGAGUGCGGAGCUUGCGGGCACAGCAACUCAUCAGCGGCACCAUCUGGGUCAUAGCCACUGGUCGCAAUGCUCUGGUUGUGCUAGUCACCAGUGUUCUGGCCUACAGCACCUGCGAGCAGAUGGACAGCUGUCCGUACAUCCUCACGGGCAAGGUGAAAAGUGGCCUGCCCAAGCUGGCAGUGCCGAAGUUCGAGACAACCAUUCUGGACAAGAAUGCCACAGAAAUAUCCCAGAACUUUGAGCAAAUGCUUUCGGAACUGGGUCCUUCCAUGCUGAUUUUACCCAUUAUUGCCGUUCUUGGCAAUGUGGCCAUUUCAAAAGCCUUUGGAGGAGCCGGUCUUAGUCCGACGAGGGAGUUGGUUGCCCUCUCGAUGAGCAACAUUUGCGGUGCCUUUUGCAGUUCCAUGCCCGUGACAGGAUCCUUUUCGCGAAGUGCUGUGAAUCAUGCGAGUGGUGUGAGGACACCGAUCGGUGGCUGCUAUACAAGUGUGCUGGUUCUCCUGGCGCUGGGCCUGCUGGCUCCCUACUUCCAGUACAUCCCUAAGGCAGCCCUUAGUGCAGUCAUCAUCUCGGCUGUGAUAUUCAUGAUUGAGUUCGAGGUCAUCCGUCCGCUGUGGCGCUGCAGUCGUCGAGAGCUGCUGCCAGGUGCCAUUACCUUUGUAAUGAGUCUGGCUGUGGGUGUAGAGAUUGGCCUACUGCUGGGUGUGGGAGCCGAUGUAGCCUUCCUCGUUUAUCGCGCCGCCCGACCUGUGCUCAGUGUCUCCAAGCUGCAGACCAGCAAUGGUAUUAACUACAUCCUGAUUCGUCCAAAACACAGCUCUCUGUACUUCCCAGCCGUGGAAUGGGUGCGAUCGGGCAUCUCCAAAGCGCUGACCACUCAUGGAACUGCUCCAGUGGUGCUGGACUGCGCUCAUGUUCAUGACUUUGAUUUUACAGCCGCUCGAGGCAUGGGAUCUCUGCAGAAGGAGCUGGCCAAGGCGAAUGUGCCUUUGUUCCUGAUGAGCGCCCAUAAGGACAUCACCGUUAUUCUGAAAGAGUCGACCAACAUUGAUUUUCCCACGAUAGACAGCCCCGAUGACUUGGAGAGCAUUCUGGAGCAAACUCCCGAUUAUGUUCUGCACUUGCAGAUUGCAGCUCCCCUUGUCGAAUCGCGCUUGAAUCAUUGCGACGAUAGGGAACCCACAGAACUGUGUAAACUCAAUGCAAAAUCGAUUUGAUGAUGUAAUCUAUAGGAUAUCGUUAAGUUUAUACUUGUACUUAAGAAAUCUGGUGGCACAACGUUCAACUGCCUUGCACAUUUCUCAGAAAUUGUAAGAUUUAUUUAUUUAUCCGCACAAACCUCUCUACUCUGUUCAUCUUCCAAUUUAAGUAUUUAGUUUUGAAAACAUUUCAUUUUUAACUUGUCCAUUCCUUUUUAAAGUGUUCCCUAUUUAAGUUGUCAUUUGUGCUCGAAUAGCUUAAAUUUGUAUUGUGUAUAUAUUAUAUGUUUAAGAAUCUUUUAUAAUUGUUUUAAAAU